GCCCUCCACACGCUUCCCACAGGUUUUUGUCUUCUUGACUGACUUCCAGGGGAGGCUGUGGAGAUGAGGGGCUGCUGCGGGGAGGGGUCAAGUUUUCAGGCCACGCUUGUGGAUGCUGAAGAGAUGCAGGAAGACUCUGGCCAUGUGUUGCAGAUUCUUUAAGAAACAGCUUAGAAGUCACGUAAUGAUAAUGUUUCAUGGCUUUUAAUGCUGAAAAGGAUUUUUGUUGAACUGUAAGCAUCCUCUUCUGGUGGAGCAGCUCAAACAUAGAAGCAUUCUGUCAGCACCUGGAAGCAAGUAUGACUGCAAAUGAAAAUGAAAGGGCAAAAAACCUGGCUGUGACAGAAGAGUCCUUUGCAUAGCUGAGGUGGAAGUAGGAAAAGUUGAUUUUAAACCACAUUUGGACUUCUUUGAGCACUCCUGGACUCUGGUAUAAAUUAGCCACAUCUGAAAGCUGCUUUAAAUUGUGCCAGCUGCUAAAAGCACCAAGGAACCAUUAUAAUGGCAGAGAUCAGGUCCAAAAUGACCACAGUCUGCACCAAAUGAAAGUUGCUCAGCAUGUACUGGCUGCUCUACUCCUGUGUUCUCUGACAAUGAGCCCCAACUCCUCCCUCAGCCAUGGGAAAGGCCUGAGGAACCUCACAACCCAGGAAGAUGGGGCCAUCAGAGUGACAGAGUCAGUGGCAAUUAUUGUCAUUGCUAUCUUCAUCUGUUUGGGCAACCUGGUGAUUGUCGUGACCCUCUACAGGAAGUCUUACCUCCUAACACUAAGCAACAAGUUUGUGUUCAGCCUGACACUGUCCAACCUCCUCCUCUCCAUACUGGUGCUGCCUUUUGUCGUCACCAGUUCCAUCAGGCGGGAAUGGAUCUUUGGAGUGGUGUGGUGCAACUUUUCUGCCCUGCUCUACAUGCUGAUCAGCUCGGCCAGUAUGCUUACCCUGGGCCUCAUUGCUAUUGAUCGGUACUAUGCUGUCCUAUACCCAAUGGUUUAUCCAAUGAAGAUCACAGGAAACAGAGCGGUGGUAGCCCUGGUGUACGUGUGGCUACAUUCCCUCAUUGGCUGCCUCCCUCCUCUCUUUGGCUGGUCUUCCUUGGAAUUUGACCAGUUCAAAUGGAUGUGUGUGGCUGCGUGGCAUAAAGAGGCAGGCUACACUGCCUUUUGGCAGAUCUGGUGUGCUCUGUUGCCCUUCCUGGUGAUGAUGAUCUGUUACGGAUUCAUAUUUCGCGUGGCUCGCGUGAAGGCACGCAAAAUUCACUGUGGCAGUGUGGUCAUUGUAGAGGAGGAUGCACAGAGGAAUGGGAGAAAGAACUCUAGCACCUCCACCUCCUCUUCAGGCAGUCGAAGGAAUGCUUUUCAAGGGGUUGUCUACUCAGCCAAUCAGUGCAAAGCUUUCAUCACUAUUUUGGUUGUGAUUGGUGCUUUCGUGAUCACUUGGGGGCCUUACAUGGUUGUAAUCACAUCAGAGGCACUUUGGGGGAAAAACAGCAUUUCCCCUGCUUUGGAGACAUUAGCAACAUGGCUGUCAUUUUCAAGUGCCAUUUGUCAUCCGCUGAUAUAUGGACUGUGGAACAAAACUGUGCGCAAGGAACUCUUAGGAAUGUGCUUUGGUGAUCGGUAUUACCGGGAGUCAUUUGUUCAACGUAAUAGAACAACCAGGUUAUUCAGCAUUUCCAAUAGGAUCACAGACCUGGGACUCUCUCCCCAUCUCACAGCCCUCAUGGUUGGUGGACGGCCAUUAGGAAACAGCAGCAGCACGGGUGACACUGGUUUCAGCUGCUCCCAGGAGUCAGGUACAGAUGUGAUGCUGCUUGAAGACUACAGCUCAGAUGGAGUUCAUCACCCGCACUGCAUUUAUCCUCCUCGACGAAGGAGUUCUGUGACAUUUGAAGAUGAAGUGGAACAAAUCAAAGAGGCUGCAAAGAAUCCUGUUCUUCAUGUAAAAGCUGAGGUCCAUAAAUCACUGGAGAGCUAUGCAUCUAGCUUAGCCAAAGCUAUUGAAGCUGAUGUGAAAAUCAGCCUGUUCGGGGAAGAUGCUUUACCAGGAUCUUUGUUCCCUGUGAAGACAGUACCAGGCAGCAAUGUGGGUACGCGGCGUGGCGGCAGGGCUCACAUUAGCCAAAGACUUCAGCUGCAAAGCAUUGAUGAAGGGAAUAUUUGAUAAGAGCACUAAAACAGAAGAAACCACUAGCUAGGACCCAGUACUGUUACAAUUAUUUUGAGACAAAGUAUUCAGAGUGGUUAAUGGCAGUGUUUUAGUCAAGAACAUUUGAAAAUACCUGGAUUCUUCGAAGUAUACACAUACACGUGAGCUUUAGAGUAGUAUUUACUUACUGUUCAGUGGGCAAUAGAUAUCUUUUUGCCAUUUUUUAAAAAAAUUGCUAUGCGAUACAUAGAAACACAGGAUUUACCUGAAAGGACCAAAUAAUUGGCCCUUCUAAUCCAGUAUCAUCAUUGGCCCAUGCCUGAUAUUUCCUAGGAAAGCAAGAAAACAAUCCGUGUUCUAUAAGGCAUUAUGGAGCUUACUUUCUGGCCCCUGAGAAAGUCGUUUAUACCUUAGCACAGGGGAUGACUGCUGUGAUUUGAGCCUGUGAAAAUGGCUACUUAUACACAGUGUUAUUGUGAAGAAUUUCAAAUGACAGGAGCCUGCAUUUAACUAAGGCACAGAAUCUGACCCUAUUUUUCAGAUUUGCAGCAUCCAAAUUAAAUUCACUUUAGCUGGUAGCUCAGAUUAUUGACUGUUUAAUCAUAAGAAGGUAAAAUAGGAAGUUGGGUUCCAGAUCACUUUAUUCCCCUGGACAACAGUUUCAUCACAAAGUUCAGCUAUAUUUUUCACAUCACGUACGGUAUAUAUAAUGGGAAGAUGAUAAUAAUAAUAAUUUUACAUAAUUAGCAUGCAGGUAUUUUUAGUUUUUCCCAUUGAGAAUAUCCCUGUGGAUUUCUUGUACUACAAGGCCUUGUGCAGCCAUUGAGUUUUAACAGGGAUUAGACAGAAUAUAAAUAAUGGCUUGCCACUUAAUAUUGACAUUCAGGAAUAAUCUUGAAUUAAGAUUUUACCAGAAAGUUUAUCUUCUUGUGUUGUUUAAGCAAAAUAGCUACCUCAGUGCUAGUAGUUCUUGGUAUUUGGAAAUUGUAAAAAUGACAAUACAUUUUAAUAUGUAACCAUCUAAACAUAAUUUAAUGUUUAACAAUUUAAACCUAAUUUAAUGUUUAACCACUUAAACACUAUUUUUAUAAUGUUGAAAUAAUAUUUACUAUUUAAACAUUUAAAUACAAGAACAUUAAAACACACUUGUAAC